CAGAGUAGCCGGAGCAGCUCACCUCUUUCCUUUCUCUUCUUCCUGCCUUACGCGCUUCCGCUUCUCUCUUUCCAUUUAUGAUAAAUCUAUCUCAUCUUCUCCAACCUCUCUGCGUUCAUCCAUGGCCGAACGUGUUCACCCCACUGACUCCGAUGCUGCUUCUGCACACUCCGGCCAAGCUAUCCCUCCCAAGAACCCUCCUCCCGGCACCUACGUCAUCCAGCUUCCCAAGGACCAAGUCUACCGAGUUCCUCCUCCCGAAAAUGCUUCCCGCUUCGAUCUCUACUCUCGCCGGAACACCCGCCCCUCCUUCUGCCGCCGAUUUCUCUGCUCCAUUCUCCUCCUCAUCACCGUUCUCCUCCUCCUUUUCGCCAUUGUUUCCGGCCUCUUCUUCUUAAUCCUCCAACCUCUCUCUCCUCGCUACUCCAUUCUCGCCAUCUCCACCAAGGGAAUGCAGAUCAGGCCGAACGCCUCAAUUUCUCCCCAAUUUAACGUCACUGUUCGAGCCGAAAACCCUAACAAAAAAAUCGGAAUCUACUACGAGAGAAACAGCAACAUUAGCGUCAAUUUCGGGGAUGUAAUGUUGUGCAAAGGCGCAUUGCCGGCGUUGUAUCAGCCGUGGAGAAAUGUGACGGUUAUGGCGGCAAAGCUUAAAGGAUCUGGCAUCAAAUUGUCGAGCAGUGCUGUGAAAGCAUUGAAGGAUUCAGAGAAGCAGGGGAAAGUGAAAUUGAAGGUGGAUUUAAGAGCUCCGAUUAAGAUGAAAUUAUACUGGAUGAAGACAUGGACGAUUAGGGCAAAAGUAUCGUGCGAGAUUUGGGUGAAAAAGGUAACGGGGGAGGCGAAGGCGACGGAGAAGAAGUGCGAACAUAGCUUGAAGCUGUGGUAGAAACAGAGUUCGGCCAUUCAUCCAGGUUCGUAAAUCGCCAUACCCAUUGUUCAUUUUUCCUUUGUUUCUCUCUGUACU